AUGUCUGCUUCGGCACAGCAUAACGUCAGCAGUAGGCGGCCCGAUGCCCCGCCGGCGGCUUCCCCACUGGCGGCUUCCCCCGGCGUGCAGUUUCCGCCAGCGGCGCAGCCGGAGGUGAUGCGCGCCGCGGAGAAGGACGAGCUGUACGCGGCGUCGCUGGGCGACAUGUGUCACGACGCCAUUGCCUCGCAGCUCGGCCACCGCGUCGCGGGCCAAUGGGGCGGUCCGAUCCGCGUGGCGGCGCGGUGUCUCUACUAUCUCGUGACCACCGGCGCCGGCAGCAGGACUCUAGGGGAGGAGUACUGCGACAUAGUGCAGGUACCAGGCCGCUACAACCUGCGCCCCACCCUUGUGCGUCGCCUUUUUCUCGUGCUGCUGCACUCCCUGCUCCCCCGGCUGUGCCAGCUCACACCAGCGCCCGUUUGCCCCCUCUCCGCCAUCCCCCCCUCUCCGCCAUCCCCCCCUCUCCGCCAUCCCCCGCCCUUCUCGGGUGUCAGGUCGCUACAACCUUCCCCCCGUCACAUCAGCACCUGCAAUGUUACCCCGUUCCCACGUCCAUCCCCCUUCCUUCCCCUCCCCUCCCAGGUGUCAGGUGCUUACAACUUGCCACCUGCCCCAGCGCGUCGCCUCUCUCUUGUGCUGCUGCAUGCGCUGCUCCCGGCUGUAGCAGCUCACAUCAGCGCCCGCGCUGCUGCCCGGGGAAGGGCGCUCGCAGCAGCAGGGGAAGGGGGAGCAGGGGAGGGGGGAGUAGGGGCGGGGGGAGUAGGGGCGGGGGGAGUAGGGGCGGGGGGAGUAGGGGCGGGGGGAGUAGGGGCGGGGGGAGUAGGCGAGGGGGGCACAGGGGGGACAACAGGCGGAGGGGGGAGAGGAGGAGUAGGGAAUGGAACAACACUUGCAGGGGCGGAGGAGGAGGCACCUCACAGCCACACAUCCAGCCUUAGGGCGAGAGAGGAGGGCGCAAUAGAGGGGGUUUCAGUAGAGGGAGGAGGCGUGGAAGCAGCACGUGUGAGCGGUGGAAGGGGGUUGGGAUGGGUGGCAGCUGUGGCGACAGAAUGGCACUGGGUGGGCUGUGUGAGGGAGCGAGUGAGGGAGAGAGUGUGGGAGAUGGGGAGGAGGGCGCUGGUGGUGUGGGCGGGGGUGGCAGUGCGAGGGGGGGAUGUGUUGAUGCUGCUGGGGAGGGCGCAUCUGCUGCUCUUCUACUGGCACGGGUCGUACCUGCAUGUAGCCAAGCAGGUGACAGGCGUGCGAUACAUUUACACUGCCCAACCUCCUGCUUACUCCCCCAGAUAUCACAUGCUCGCAUUCUUCCUCUUCAUUCAGCUCGCGAUUCUCUCCUCUGAUUGGCUGCGCCGCUCUCUGCUGCAACACAGACCCCUGGCGCAUACCAUACCGCCACCACCCACAGGCGCCUCAAAAAUGCUCCCUGUGCCUUGCUGCUCGCUCCCACCCCACCUGCUCCCACCCCACCUGCUCUCAUCUCCUCCUGGUAUGCUCGACAUCUCCUCCUCGUCUUACUCCCCUUCUUCCUCAUAUCUUUUCUCUCUCUCUUCCCGCUACCACCCCACCUGCUGCCCCUGCGGUCACAUCUCCUCCUGGUAUGCCCAACCCUUCUCGUCUUCUCUUCUUCUUCCACGUGAUAAAAGAUUGAUUUUGAGACGUCUCAAUACCGCCCCACCUGCUGCCCCUGCAGUCACAUCUCCUGCCCCACUGGCAGCCGCUGAUGCUCCACCAGAGUCCAGCAAGGGGUGGGGCGAGGAGACGGAGGGGUCUCAACAGUUUCAAGAGGGUGAAGUGGAGGGGGAGGCAGGGAGUGAGGCGAGCGGACGGUGCUCCCUGUGCCUUGCGUCUCGCUCCCACCCCACCUGCUGCCCAUGCGGUCACAUCUUCUGCUGGUAUGCCUGUUGCUCUAUUCCGUUUCUUCCACCUUCCCAUCUUGUUUACCACUCUUCCCUCCACCACCGCACCCCACCUGCUGUCCUCGCGGCCACAUCUUCUGCUUGUAUGCCUGUUGCUCUACUCCCCACCCACCCGGCUUGCUGCCCUAAUGGCCAUCCCUCUCUUCUGCUAGGGGUGCAUAGCAGAGUGGUGCAACGAGAAGCACGAGUGUCCUCUUUGCCGCUCUGCCUUUCCUCACCCCCGUCUCACGACGUGCCUUCCCGAGUGUCCUCUCUGCCGCUCUCCCUUUCCUCACCCCCGUCUCAUGACGUGCCUUCUCUAUUUUCUCCCUCCAUUCCAUCUACCUUCCCGCUGCUGCCAGGGGGUGCAUUGCAGAGUGGUGCAAUGAGAAGCCCGAGUGUCCUCUCUGCCGCUCGCCAGCCCCGCACUCCUCCCUCGUUCCACUCCACCAUGCUUCCUUCUAAGGGUUCUAAGGGCCUACAUGAUCGUGAACGUGGCGAGGCAAGUGGUGGUGCUGCUGAUGAUGCUGAUUGUGGUGGGUGCCGUGGGGAUGGUACUGCAGAUUGUACAGCAGGUGCUGCUGCAGGGGAUGACGAGCUCACAGCUGCAGCAGAAGGUUCUGAAGGCCCGCUGGACGGUUUUCCAGCAGCAAUAGGUGGCCGGCAUCUGCCGGCGCAUGUCACGGCGCACGAUGUGGUGGAAGAGGUAGAAGUGGCCCGUGCUCAGCAGCCCGCUGUUCAGGCUGCUCACAUCAACUGUAUCAAAGGCUUUGUGCCCGCAGCACAGGAGGAAGUCAUCGGAACCUCGACCUGCACGCACCUGCAAGGGUUGGGGAAACAGGAAAGACGGGUGAAGGAGGGAAGGAGGGCAAGAGAUGGUGGAAGAGGUAUAAGUGGCCCGUGCUGA